UCAGAGGACAACGGCACCUUUGAGUUUGGCAGAAGAGUGAAGAUGUCUGUUAAACCAGACGAUAGCAAGGAUGAGGAGGGGACUCAUGGGCCGGAGGUCACAGUUGUGGAGACGAACCGCUUUGGCUUCAUUCUAGGGAAUGGAGAAACUGACAGGGAUGGUCCAUGUCCUGAGUUAGUGAGACAUCGAGAGUCUAAGUGGCUCAGCCUCAUGACUCAAUGGGAGCAAGUGAUGGAGAAAAAGAGCAACAAGGUCAAAGGUCAGUGUCAGAAGGGCAUUCCAGCAUCUGUCAGGGCAAAGGGCUGGCCAUUGCUCUGUGGAGCUAAGGAUAGAAAAGAAAAAAAUGACAAACUCUACGAACGUCUAGUUAAAGCUCCAGAUCAUCAGGGAUGGACCGAUAUCAUCAAAAGAGACACAGACAGACAGUUUCCCUUCCAUGAGAUGUUCCAGUCCAAAGACGGCCAUGGUCAGAAGGACUUGCUGGAGGUCCUGAAAGCGUACACUCAGUAUCGUCCAGACGAGGGCUACUGUCAGGCGCAGGGUCCAGUGGCUGCUGUCCUUCUGAUGAACAUGCCUGCUGAGGAGGCGUUCUGGUGUCUGGUGCAGAUUAGUGAUCUCUACCUCCCUGGAUACUACAGCCCUCUGCUGGAAGGUGUUUUAUUCGAUGCUGCUUUUCUCUCAAGCAUUUUUAAAAAACUGUGUCCAGCCGCACACAAACACCUACAGAAUCAGGGGGUGGAGCCUCUGAUGUUUGCCACUGAUUGGCUGAUGUGUUUGUACAGCCGUCACCUGCCCUUCGACACUCUGCUCAGAGUCUGGGAUCUCUUUUUCUGCUAUGGUGUGCGGGUUUUGUUUCAGGUCGCUGUGGUGCUGGUGCGCCGUUGUCUGGGAGAAGGGCGGCUGCGAAAGGAGUGUGACGGACAGAUGGAAACGCUGGAGAGACUGCGAGGUGUUAAACAGCGUGUCCAACAUGAGCAGGCUGAUGCUUUUAUCCAUGAGGUAUGUUCCGUGUCUCUGUCCUUGGCGGACCUGCAAAAACAAACUGAGAAAGAGCUAGAGAGAUGGAAAAAAGAGAGACCAAACUCGACCUUUGACCCGCGAGGGCGAUGUCACGGAUACCGGAUGGUUUGGGAGAGAGCACAGGAUAAACCAAAGGAACAGGAAAAGAAGGAGCGACCGAAGGGGAGCCUGACUCUUCCUCUCACGCGCUCACAUUCUUCUCUUUCUCCUUUGGUUCUGCGCAAGAAAUGGAGGAAGAGGAGCAGUAAGACUGACACGGAGGAGUGGGACGCAGGGGGAAGAAAUUUCUCACGAAGCGUGAUGGAGGAGAGCGACGAUGAGGAGGUGAGGAGGAGGAGUGUGUGCGGUAUCAUUGGGGAGCAAAGGGCCAAACGGGACAGGCUAGCAGACGAGCUCUGCUCACACAAAGAUCACAACACACAUCCCAAAAUCUCAGUGGUGGUGUCCUCCAGCAUUGACUGCGAUGUUUUUGAGAAAGAACAUACAGAAACCUCUUUGAACCAAGAGAAGGAUCAUUUAGAAACAACACGAGGUGAUGAGAAAGAAAGGACCGCUGGUUGUGUGGUUGAGGAGAGCAUACAGACACAUCACCAUAUACAGGACACAAAUCAAGAUGCACAGAGUACAGAAACGCAAGGACAUCAGGAUGAACAGAAUAUAGAAAAAGACAAAAAUCAAGAUGAUCAGAACACAGAAGCACCAACAAAUCAAAAUGAACAGAAUACAGACAAACAGACGUGUCAAGAUGAACAGACUGUGGAGACUGAGAGAAUUUUAGAGCCAUGUGAAGAAAGUACAUCACAGGAAGAAGACAUACAAACAGAACACUGCAAACAAGAAGAAGAAACAGAAGAUAGGUUGCCAAACACCAUAAUGACUUUAGAAAAUGAGGAAAAUAUCCCAGAGAAAGAGGUACAGAUACAUGUUGUUCAGGAGGAAGAGAGGUCUCAAACAUCUGGUGAUCAACAUGAAGAACAAGAACAUUCAGAAAGGCAGAAAGAAGAUUUGUUCAUUAACACAGCUAUAGAGGAAGAUGAGGAGACUCGGCUUAUUGGUGAAAACCAUACUGAUGCAGACAAGGAGGAAGGGAUUCAGCAAGAGUUUGAUCUUCUCCCUGAGGAGACCACAGAGAUAUCAGACCCUUCAAACAUGUGUGAGGAGAAAGAUGAUGAGAGACAAGAUACAAGCUUAGACGAGAGCGAUAGUCCCUCUCAUAGUGGUAAAGAGACAUUGCAACCACCUGAAAUAGUGCUAACAUCAUUCUCUUUAAAAACUGAACGAGAAAUUGAAACUGAGCAUCCGGAUGGACCAACUGAUCCCGAACAGCAAUCCCAAUCAAGCGACCAAGAGCACAGUGACGUGGAUACUACUGUUACUUCCAGAGAGUUGGAGCCUUGUCCAAUAGAUUCCACUGUGGAAGAUGCAGAAGGAUCUGGCAACCCAGAGCAGAGUGAAGUGGAUUCUGCUGAUGACACCAACAUCCUUGAACCUCAGGAAGAGGGUGCAGCAUCUACACACUCUGUUGGCACAUGUGAUAAAGAAAUCAGUGAAGUAAAUAAAUCUGAAAACAUAGUAUGUUGUGAAAUCAAUACUGACGAAUCAAGCAACCUCACAAACAAUGUAGAGGAUGAUACUUGUAGAUCUGUCCAUGCAGAAAGCAUUGAAAUGCAUGCUGCUCCUGGAUCAGAAAACCUUGAAUGCAACACAACAGAUAUUACUGCUGAUUCUGGCAAACUAGAAAGCAAUAGUCUGGAAAUUGCUGCUGGAUCUGGCAACCCAGAGAGCAACAGUGUCCCUGUUACAAGUGAAUCUGGAAACCCAGAGCAGAGUGACGUGGAUGGCAACCUUGAAAACAAUGAUGUGCAUGUUACAACUGAAUCUGGCAACCUUGAAUGCAACAUAACAGAUGUUACCACUGAAACUGAAAAAACAGAAAGCGAUGGCAUGGAUGUUGCUGUUGGAUCUGACAAUUCAAAGAACAAUAUAAUUGGUUCUCCUGUUGAAAACCCACAAUGUAACGAUGUACAAGUUACAACUGGAUCUGGCAACACAGAGAACAAUAUGGUGGAUUCUGCUAUUGGAUCUGGCAACCCAGAUCACAAAGUACAUGUCACAACUGAAUCUGACAACUCAGAGACCAAUAGAGAGCAUGUGACCACUGGAUCUGACAACCCAGAAUGCAAUGAUGUGCCGUCUACAAGUGAAUCUGGCAACCCUGAGAACAAUAUCGUGGAUUCUGCAGUUGGAUCUGGCAAUCCAGAUUACAAAGAAGAUCAUAUCACAACCAGAUCUGAAAACUCAGAGACCAGCAAAGAGCAUGUAAGCGCUGGAUCAGGCAACCCUGAGUGUAAAACCGAGGAUUGUGCUGCUGAAUCUGGCAACCCUCAUAACAAUGAAUGUGCAAUACCAGGAAACAGCCAGGGGUUAGAGUCCCCCUCUUCAAUUUCAACUUCAAAAUCCCCAAACCCAAAUGUCCCACCAGCUCACCUCCGCAGCUCGCGGGUUUCCUAUCCCACAAUCCUCUCCGAGGACACCUUCAAAGAGCCACAGCAGCAAGAACACACACAUUCAGAACAGACAACACCCUCACCGACACAAGACACAGAGGCUCAGCCCAACUCACCAACAAAGUCAGGCCCUCCAAAACGUCUGGGUCUGUUUCGCCGUCUCCGAGGGGAGACCAAUAAAACCCCCGUCCCCAAAAUCCUCAUCCAGGACUUUAGCGAGAAAGAGGAGAGGCUGACGGCAAAAGAAAGGAGGAGGCGGAAGAGAGAGAAAGAGCGAAAAGAAAGAGAAGAGAAAGACAGAAAGAAACGAGAGAAGGAAAUGGAAAAGGACAAAGCAAAAGAAAGGAAGAAGCCUCAGACAAGAGGAAAGAGCUUCCAGGUGCUCAGCAGGAAGGGUGCUAAUAAUGCCGUGACCCCCGGGAACAGUGACUCUCAGACGUCUCACGCCAGGAGAAACUCUGCUCCUUUUUCUGACGGAUAUUUUUAAAUAAUCAGAG